GUGUGUGUGUGUGUGUGUGUGUGUGCGCGCGUACCGCGCGUGCCUUCGCCUGUGUGUGCUGCUGUCGCUGUCAUCACAGAUGUACCCCCAGCUGUCACUCCAUUGCUCUGUCUCUUUGCUCGUGCACACGAGCGCGCUCUCCUCUCCCCUUUCUUCCCCGCUCCUAUCUGUCUCCCUCUGUCCCUCCCUCUUUCCUUCUCAGUUUGUUAUUGACCCGGCAGCCCUGUCCCCUUGGCAGCCGGCAGCAGGCAUUCCUUCUCCCCGGAGCUGUGUGCUGCACGCCAGGUCCCCGCUCCCGGUGGACUGGGGACUCAGUGCCCACCGCGCUCUGCUUGGCAGUGCUGUCUGGAUUUCUCCAGGAAUCCCGGGAGGGUCUCACUGGACGGUUUAGAGCUACUUGAUUUAAGGAGCCUGCGGUCAGGGUGAAGAAAGGCCUGCUCCCAGCCCUCCUUCGGCUCUGAAAUCUCAUCCUCUCCUUCCUGUCCCUGUCUCCUGCACGAACAGCUGCUGCAGCAUGAACUCCCUGAGCUGAUGAAUCUUAUUAUAGACCAGCGGGCGGAAGACAGAGCACCGCACCUCACCUCUCAGGCGAAGGUGGAGGGGAAGCGGGCGGCCAGCCGGCGGCAGGAGCGGGGCCUGGGCCUCACGCCUGACACAGCAGCAGACUCUGCCCCCUCGGGGGCCAUGGACUGACAGGCAGCACACACCGAGGGGCUCCCCUCUCCCCAGAGGUGCAGGGCCGUAAGAGCUGUGGCAUUCACCAUGCUGGCCCGGGGCAGUGGCCCCGAGCAGAGGUCCAGGCUUGCCCUGCAGUGGAGGCAGAUCUCCUGGAUCACCUGCUGGAUCAUGCUGUAUGCUGUGGAGGCCCUCCCUGCCUGCCCCUUCUCCUGUAAGUGUGACAGCCGCAGCCUGGAGGUGGAUUGUAGUGGCCUAGGCCUCACCAUGGUGCCCCCCGACUUGCCCGCUGCCACCCGAACCCUCUUACUCUUGAACAAUAAGCUGAGUGCCCUGCCAAGCUGGGCAUUCGCCAAUCUGUCCAGCCUGCAACGGCUGGACUUAUCCAACAACUUCCUGGACCAGCUGCCCCGGUCCCUUUUCGGGGACCUGACGAAUCUUACGGAGCUGCAGCUGCGCAAUAACAGCAUCAGGACCCUGGACAGGGACCUGCUGCAGCACUCGCCCCUGCUCCGCCACCUGGACCUGUCCAUCAACGGGCUGGCCCAGUUGCCCCCUGGCCUUUUUGAUGGACUCCCAGCGCUGCGCUCCCUGUCACUUCGCUCCAACCGUCUGCAGAACCUGGACCGGCUGACGUUUGAACCCCUCGCAAGCCUGCAGCUGCUGCAGGUUGGGGACAACCCCUGGGAGUGUGACUGUAACCUGCGUGAUUUCAAGCACUGGAUGGAGUGGUUUUCCUACCGAGGGGGGCGCCUGGAUCAGCUGGCCUGCACCCUACCCAAGGAGCUGAGGGGGAAGGACAUGCGUGUGGUCCCCAUGGAGAUGUUCAACUACUGCUCCCAGUUGGAGGACGAGAAUAGCUCAGCUGGGCUGGAUAUUCCUGGGCCACCCUGCACAAAGGCCAGCCCUGAACCCGCUAAGCCCAAGCCAGGGGCGGAGCCUGAGCCAGAGCCCAGCACAGCCUGCCCCCAGAAGCAGCGGUAUCGGCCGGUGAGCGUGAGGCGGGCCAUCGGCACGGUGAUCAUCGCAGGGGUUGUCUGUGGCAUUGUCUGCAUCAUGAUGGUGGUGGCAGCUGCCUACGGCUGCAUCUAUGCCUCCGUCAUGGCCAAGUACCACCGGGAGCUCAAGAAGCGGCAGCCCCUCAUGGGGGACCCGGAGGGUGAGCACGAAGACCAGAAGCAGAUCUCUUCUGUGGCCUGAGGGCCCAGCCCCACUUGGCCUAGGUAGGAAGGGCCGGGACAGCAUGCGGGGGAUGGCUUCAGUAAGGGCUGGCCCUUCCCUCCAGCGCAGUCCCCUCUUGCACGCGUGCCCCCAGCCCUCCAGCAAACAAGCCCCAGUGCGGCUGUCUCCAUGAACUUCCAAGUCUCUGCGGAAGCCGCCCUUGUGCUAGAGGCUCCUGCUCCUGCCCCUCUCGGGGCCACCGAGUCUCUGGGACAGCUGGGGGGUCUCCCUAAGCUUCUGGCCAUGGGAAAGGAAGGCUAUGUGUGCAAGUGCAGGCUUCUGGACUCAGUGUUCCUCUACUGUCCUUCCUGCCCUGGGUCACUCUCCCUACCUCCUGCUCAUAGCACCUCAUCUGCACGUAGGUGUGGGGAAGAGGGAUAUGGGGGCCAGCGGCCAGUUUCCAUGACCCCCUUCUAAGCCAGGAAGAUACUUUCAGCUGCCCUUCAGGGACCAAGUUGGGUCCAGCUUUGAGCCGCUAGCACUAAUGUACAAUCACAGCAACCAUGGCAUCUGGACCCAGCACUUAGAAACACAGGACACACUCCCCCUGCUGAAGCCACCAUGUCCCUCUGCCUGCUACAGGCCACACACCAGCCACACUGCUCCCGGCUUCACCCAUUCCUCUCACACACACUCAGCAUCACCAGCGCAAUUACAUCGCCUGGAAAUCUCUGUCUGUCGGUCUGUCUGUCUCUCACGCACACAGAAUCACAUGGAGACAGAGGUCAUGAGAACUCAGGGAGUGGAGACCUGUUUCCCCCCUGUGGGUCUGUGGCCUUGCUUACUGCAACCUUCUCAAGUCAACAGAGGGGAGAAGCCCACACCGACAACACAAGGAUUCCUUUGAGAUCCUCUGAAGUGGGCCAGAGUGGUGCUGCUGGAUGAGACUGCCUGUCACCAUGGUAACCCUCUCACACCUCUCCUGCUGGGUUUUCCAGGGACACCGGCCCAGAGGCCUUGAAGCUGCAGCAUGUGUGGAUGGCAGCCUCCCGAGAGCCCAGGCACAUACCACUGGGCAUUUCUUCAGCGCCAUCUAAGGACAUCAUCACUGCCAGGCCCCGUGGGGACCCCCACCAAUUCCACUCCUAUAGCCUGCAGCCCAAGAACCAUUGCUCUGUACCCCUCACCCCUCCAUCUUCAGCAGCUCCGGGCCUGGGACCUCGGGGUGGGGACUGGGUCACGAUUGGUGGCAUCUUGGGAACGCAGACGGCCCUCGAGGAAGCUCACUGCCUGAGCAGACCCCAAGCAGGCGCCCGGGGUGGGCAGAGGGCUGCAAGGUCUGCCCAGAGGCUUCAGGGCUGGGCUUCCUUCCCAGGGUUUUGUGUGCUCAGUCUGGCUUCCUGGAGUGUUUAAUUGCACCUGGACUGGGCUCCAAACCAGAGCGUGGGCCAGGGGUCCUGUUUGUUACCUGUAGCCUACACCAAAGGGGUGGCAGGUGAGGAGACGGCUGUGCGGGGGUUUGGGGGUCACGAGUCCCCUUUUGUAGGUUGGCCCCCGCCCCGUGAGUCUGAUCUCAGAUGAGUACUAGGUCUCCCUCUGCUGGACACCCGUUUUCCCAUGGCUUAUGGAGAGUCAGGAGGUAUCAGGCUGGUUUCUGGCUCUAAGACGGGGUCUUGCUGGUGGCCUGGGAAGAGGCUUCCAGAACACGGAGGCCAAGGCUCUGAGGAGGGACAGGGCAGGACAGGGCAGGCCUAUCUUGCCUUGCACCCCUUGAUCCUUCCACCUCGUAGAGGACCGUGGUAGGUGAGGGGGGCUGGGGGGGCAGGGAAUGCCUUUGAACAGCGAGGGCCUCAGUGCAGGCUGCUUGGUGGACUGCGGAACAUGCCUCCCUGGGCCUGGGGCAUAGUCUUCCUUCUUUUGGCUUUCCAGCUGAUACCAGAUCUAGGAAUUUGCUAAAGGAAAAGGAGGGGAGGGGUGGGUAUUGUCAGUGGUGGUAUCUUCAGCCUGAGACAGAAGAUUUUUAAAGGCAAAAUUAUAUUUCUGGUUUGUUGUUUCAGAAGAACAAU